UCUGGGAGGUAGGAGGGCUUCUGACCCGCGGCUUCUUCCACCUCCAGAGAAGCUGCGGUGGCGGGAAAGACCCCUCCCCUUUGGGGGACAGUGGGUGACGCUGAGAGUGUCAAUGCUCUGACGACUGGACACUAGCCCCCAGUUGCCGUCCAGAAGGAGAUCAAUGGAUAUUAUAAAGGGAAACUUAGAUGGAAUUUCAAAACCAGCCUCAAAUUCAAGAACACGUCAUGGGAGCAGAGGUUCAAAUGCUUCUUUGGAGGUGCUCUCACCAGAACCAGCAUCCUUCAAGGUUGAUACUGCAAUCAAUCUGAACUGUGGUAAAGAAGGCCACUCAGAAGGCAGUAGUAAUACAGAGGAAGGUAGAAACAGUAAUGAUGAUAAAGGGGAAAACUACUCUGAGAAAAUAAAACUGGCUGAAGAGGGAUCAGAUGAAAAUUCGAACUUGGUUCAGCAUCAGAUAAUCCCUGAAUGUUCAGAUGAAUCUGAAAUAAAAGAAUUAGAUUCUCAACUUCAAGACGCUAUUCAGAAGAUGAAGAGGCUUGAUAAGAUAUUGAUGAAGAGACAACACAGAGAAAAAGAAAUCAAGAAGCAAGGUCUAGAAAUGAGAAUAAAGCUGUUUGAAAAACUUAAGUCUGCAAAAAAUGGUGAAGCUUUACAAAGUAAUGAGGAGAUGGAAAGUACAAAAAACUUUCUAGCUUUAACUGCUGCAUCAGAAGAAACUGUUGAUCCUUCUUGCUAUGAGCACGAAGAUACCUUUUUCUCUGUGUUUCACACUCAAGUCCCUCCAGAAGACUAUGAAAACUGUAUACAGAAUGUCAAUAAAGAUUUUACGUAUGGUGUGGAAAGAAAUGAGUCAUUGAUCAAAGCAGAAAAGAAACCUUUCUCAAAUACAGAAAAGAUUGAGCUCAGGGGUAAACACAGCCAGGAUUUUAUUAAGCGAAACAUUGAGUUGGCCAAGAAUUCAGGACAACCAGUAGUUAUGAUUGACAGAGAGAAGAAAAGGCUGGUUGAACUUUUGAAGGACUUGGAUAACAGUGAUUCGGGGCUGUCCAGUUCUGAGGGAGAUCAGUCUGGCUGGCUGGUCCCGGGAGAAGGAUACACACCUGCAGUCACCCAGCAUGAGCAGCUUGCUAAUAUUGAUACAAAACUCCAAGAACUUUCUGCUGUUUACCCAACAAUUUCCAGCUCUUCUCCAAGACCUGAACAUCAGAAUGAGGAGGAACCUGACCUUAAUGGUGAUGAUAGAAAUACAGAAAUAACUCCAGGAGAAAAGGUACUUCAGAAUACCAAAGAGCAACGGGAUCAGCAGAAUCGGUUGAGAGAGAUAGAUGAAAAGCUAAGAAAGAUGAAGGAAAAUGUGUUAGAUUCAACAUCACUUCUCUCUGAGGAACAGUUAAGGUGUCUUCUGGAUGAAUGCACACUUAAACAAAAAUCCAUGAUUAGACUGUCUUCAGAAAGAGAAAAGAAAGACAUUGAGGAUAUAACACCUGAGUUGCCCCAGCUUUCCAGAUCUAUUCUCUCUGAGUCACUAGAUGAGUCAAAAACAAAGGUCAAAAGCACUGAGGUGGAAGACGCAAAUAUGCCUGAGAAUGCCGAAGGUGAAACAUCUAGAGGCUACUAUCUGACCAAAGCCUCGACUGGGCAUUUUAUGUCAGAAGCUCUUGUCGUUGAAGCAAAGAAUAUGAAAUGCCUCCAGCUUUCUGAGGACAAGGUUAUUGGUGACACAAAAGACUAUUUUAUGUCAAAGACUCUUGGCAUUGGGAGACUGAAAAGGCCCUCUUUCUUGGAUGAUCCACUGUAUGGCGUCAACGUGAGCCUUUCAUCCGAAGACCAACAUCUGAAACUCAGCCCUCCAGAGAAACCCAGACCAGAUGAACAGGAGACUGAAGAUGUAACAGAAGAAUGUAAAGAAUCUUAAGCAAAGACUUGCUGGGGUGUGCUUUUAAGAAAGCUGGUAAAUUAAAUUAAAUCACAUUUUUUCCAAAUUCUUUGAAUUCAAUGAAUUCAUUAUAGAGACCAUUCCUCAAAUGAUGAUUUUAAUGUUUGGAUUCUCUCUUUCUGGAUCACAUUUCCUUGAUAUUUUUGAGACUCGUGGUAUAAUUGUUCAGUGGUUUUUCCUCAUCGAAAUUCCUGGGAAAAUUUUUUAUUGCUAAAUUUGCAACAUCAGGGAUACGUUAUAGAAACCAACAUUUAUGUAUGUGUGCUACGUUAAAACUAGUUGAAAUGCUAUGAUUGUUUUGUAUUUGAUUUGAUACGUUGCCACUUUAUUGUGAUUUAGACAGAUUUGAUCACCAUGAAUUGUAGCUUUGCCCCUGCUUUCCCUUCUUUCCUCCUCUCUAAUGCCUGUUAAGUAAGUACAACUUGCCGUGGAGAGAAAUGAAUUUUCUCAACAAAGCAAUGUUAGGCUAUCCUUGCUAUCUUAUUAGUAAUGGUACUUUUCAUAAGCAGAAGUUUGACUGAAUUAUUACAUAUAUUAUAUUUAGUUAUUUUCUUUCAGAGUUUGCCUUUUACAAUGCAGCAAAUAAAGAUCAGCUACUUAAAAAAAAAUAACCUGUGGUACUAUUUGAAGAGAGAGGGUUUGUUAGUUACAAGUGAGUAGCCUGGAUUCAUGAGAACAUUUUAUGUCAA